AGAAAAACUGAAUGCGUACAGUGUGGUUUAGUUAGCAAACCUUAGUGUUGUUAGUUCGUCUUAACGCGGAGAAGCUGUAGGAACACGCCAGAUCCUCCGAGAAAGAAGCAAACGGUUUAUAGCAGACGUUUUCUCCCCAUCGUUUUCCCUUUUUUGUUUGUUCAACUUUUUAUUUUCUCAACGCUUUUUUUGUGAGACAGCGACAGCUAAGCUACGUUUUUUUAAUCCAGAGGGUGUCCGAUUUCCCCUCCCUACAAGAGGCAUUGCGAUGCCCUCUGAUUUCAUAUCCCUGCUCAGCGCUGAUUUCGACCUCAAUUCACCCAAAUCUCUCUAUUCUAAAGAGUCAGUCUAUGACCUUCUUCCCAAAGAGCUGCAGCUGCCAUCCUCCUCUGAGAACAACACAGCAGCCAUGAGUCAGAAGAGUGGCGGAGAGGCAGGCCCCCCUCCUCCAGCGGCCCUCGCUUCGGAUGCCACCUCCACAUCCUCUUCUAUGUCCAUGGGAGGUCCUCGCAGUGCUUUACCUGCCUCUUCCAGCCCCACCAUGCAGUCCUCUACCUCAGUCACUGACCGGGCCUGCGUUCACAACAGCAGCUCCGCUGGGGAGGGGGUAAGUAUCCGAGGGGUGGCGGAAAUGCUCGGCGUGGAGGGAAAGCUGGCGGGCGCCGGCGCAGGAGCCAGCGGCGGUGGUGGCGGUGGUAGCAGGUCCGGCGGCACUGGAGGAGGGGCAGGAGCUGUGGGAGGAGGAGGAGGAGGAGGGGCGGCCCAGCAGCAGCAGCAGCAGCAGCACCAGACGACCCCCUCCAAGCGGCGGACGGUGCUGAACAUCUCACCCCCGCCCGAGGACCUGUUCGACGACAGCCGCAUGUCCUGCCAGGACGAGCCGCUGCAGGACUCGGAGCAGAGCAAUAGCAUCUGGAUGGACGACUCGGCCUCCAACUUCAGCCUCAUGAGCUCCAGCUCCUACAACGACAACACCGAGGUGCCCCGCAAGUCCCGCAAACGCACCCCGCGCCAGCGGCCCGGGCCCAAGCCCGUCCCGGCCGAGGAGGCCAGCAUGGACGUCUUCGACGCCGACAGCGCCAAGGGGCCGCACUUCGUCCUGUCCCAGCUGGGCCCAGACAGCAAGGCCUGUCCCAAAGGAAGCUCAGCGGAUGGCCCGCAAGCGGCCAGUCAGAAAGGCGGGACGCUGUCGGGUCAGUACCCCACCAAGGCCGAGGGGAAGGAGCUGAAGAUCCUGGUGCAGCCCGAGACUCAGCACCGGGCGCGAUACCUGACAGAGGGCAGCCGCGGCUCGGUGAAGGAUCGCACGCAGCAGGGCUUCCCCACCGUCAAGCUGGAGGGUGUGAAGGAGCCAGUGGUCCUGCAGGUGUUCGUGGGUAACGACACGGGGCGGGUCAAGCCGCAUGGGUUCUACCAGGCCUGCAGGGUGACCGGCCGCAACACCACGGCCUGCAAGGAGGUGGACAUCGAGGGCACGACCGUCAUCGAGGUGUCCCUGGACCCCAGCAGCAACAUGACCCUCGCGGUGGAUUGCGUGGGCAUUCUGAAGCUCAGGAAUGCUGACGUGGAGGCCCGCAUCGGGGUGGCCGGCUCCAAGAAGAAGAGCACGCGGGCCAGGCUGGUGUUCCGGGUCAACAUCCCCCGCUCCGACGGGUCCGUUCUCACCCUGCAGACCCCGUCAUCUCCCAUCCUCUGCACCCAGCCCGCAGGCAUCCCGGAGAUCCUGAAGAAGAGCCUGCACAUCUGCUCCGUAAAGGGAGGCGAGGAGGUCUUCCUCAUCGGGAAGAACUUCCUCAAGGGAACCAAAGUCAUGUUUCAGGAAAACCCGUCAGAUGAGAAAUCUUGGAAGGCGGAGGCCGAGAUCGACAUGGAACUCUUUCAUCAGAAUCAUCUUAUUGUGAAAGUCCCUCCGUAUCAGAACUUGGCCAUCACUUCCCCUGUGUCUGUGGGGAUCUACGUGAUGACCAACGCUGGGAGGUCCCACGAUGUGCAGCCUUUCACCUACACCCCGGAGCCAGCGAAAGCUGUGGAUGUGUCCGUGAAGAAAGAGGCACCAUCUCCGGCUAAACCCUGCUCUUUUGAAGAGCAAAUGAAAGUCAUACAGAAUACCAACUGCACCUUGGACAGUGCCUUGCUGGCCCCCAUGAUGCCCCUCGUGAAGAGAGAAGAGGUCACUCCUAUGGAGGUGUCCAACAACCCCUCUGCAGCAGGCGUCUUUAAGACCUCGGACGUCAUCGGCUCGGCCCAGCAGACCCUGGACAUGAGCUCCAGCAUCCCCUCCGGUGGUAACCCCUUCCCCGGCUCCAUGUCCUGCCAGCCGGGGGAGCAGGAGCAGCCGCAGAGCUCGGUCUAUGCCGGCGCCGAGCCCUUGAGCACCAUCCAGAAGCAGGACAUCGUGCCCUCGGGCUCCUUCCCGGUGCCCGCCGACUCCUUGCUGCAGCAGGUGCCCCCGCAGUUCCUGCUGGAGGCCGGGGAGGGCCUGGCCCGGGAGCGGGCUGGCGCGGGGCAGGUGGUGGGGCUGUCCCAGAUGGUGGAGGCCCCCCAGCAGCAGCCCCAGCAGCCCCCGCAGCUCCCCCUCUUCCCCCAGGACGGGGUGGCCCAGCUGGAGAGGGCCGUGCGCCAGCUGCAGGCCGGCGGCUUCUCUGCCGGGGGCUCGGGGGCCGCGCCCAGCCUGGUGCAGCAGGUCCUUGAGGCCGCCGCUCAGCAGCAGCUGAACUCGGUGCUGUACAGCCCCGCCCCCUCGGCCGACAGCGUGCAGCAGCAGGAGCUGCAGGCGGCCGAGAGCUCCCUGGCCAAGCAGCAGCAGCAUCAGCAUCAGCAGCAGCAGCAGCAGCAGCAGCAAGCCCUGGAGAACCUGCAGCAGCAGCUCCAGUCCGAGCUCUUCCAGCCCCAGAUCCCCAUGCAGUGCGGCAUCUUCCAGGCCGGCUCCCGCAGCGAGACCCCCGAGCAGCAGGGCUCCCCGCAGGCCAUGGUGCAGAACCACGGCGCCCUCUUCCAGCCGUCAGAGGGACUGCUCCGGAGCGCCACCCAGCAGCAGCAACAGCAGCAGCAGCAGCAGCAACAGCAGCAGGCAGCCCUUUUCCAGCAAGCAGGGGAUCUCCUCUCCAUCCAGACCUCCAACUUCCUGCAGCAGCCGCCUUCCCACCCCUCCCCCCCACAGCAGCUGUUCCACACCCCCAACUCCCUGGGGGAGGCGCAGGACCCGCAGGGGGCGCUGUUCCAGAACACCCUCUCCGUGCUGACGGGCUCCGCCCUGUCGCCCGAGCAGCAGCCGGCCGCCCCCGGGCUGUUCCUGUCCGCGGACGGCGGCCAGCAGCAGGCCUUCCUCACCUCCAUGCAGACGUCCCAGCCAGAUCCCCAGCCCGUGUCGGUGUUCCAGGCCCCGCCCCAGCUCUCCCCCCUGCAGCAGGCCACACCCAUGGAGCAGCAGCAGUCGUCCCCGCCGCAGCCCCCGCCAGCAGCCCCGCAGCAGGGCUCCCUGUUCCAGAACCUCUCCCCCCACGCCCCCGCCGGCACCCUCUCCCCCACCCAGCAGCAGCAGCAACAGCAGCAGCAGCAGCAGCAAGCCGGCCUGCUCUUCUGCAGCAGCGGCCUGAACCCCCAGGAGCAGCCCCCGACCCUGCUGUUCAGCGGCCAGGGCCAGGUCACCCCCAUGAGCAGCAGCGCCGGCCUGGCCCCGCAGGACCCCCAGAGCGCCCCCAUGCUGUUCUCCCAGGCCGGCGCGGUGGAGACGGCGGAGCCCAUGUCCUUCCAGGACCAGAGCCAGCGGGCGGGAGAACCCCCCCGUCAGAGCAUGUUCCAGGACCAGCAGCCCAUGCAGGUGGCCAACAGCGGGGCGUCCGAGCCGCCCGUCACCAUCUUCAUGCCCCAGUCCACCAUCUCGGCCCUGCAGGCGGGCAUGGGCUCCCAGGAGCUGCCCCAGGCCGCCAUCUUCGCCACGCAGAACGGAGUGGCGGGCCUCCAGACCACGUCCUCGUCCCCGGUGCAGCAGCCUGGGUCGCUGUUCCAGACGGCUGUGAGCGGGACCAUGAGCCAGCCGGGCCAGGCCCAGCAGACUGGCCUCUUCCUCUUCGGAAUCCAAAACGAGUGCGGUCAGCUGAUAAACUCCCCGGGCCCCUCGCUGUCCGAUCAGCUCAUCGCCAUCAGCCAGUCGGGCCAGAACCAGCGCGACAGUGACGCCCAGAUCCAGUCGCUGCUCAGCCAGUCCAUGUCCGAGUCCGCCGGUAUGCAGAACAGCCUCAGCACCUCCCAGAACAUGGAGAAGAUCGACGACUUGCUGGACCCAGUAGAAAUGUUGCUCAGAUGAUGGGAGUGGGUUUCCUGGGGGGUGGAGGAGAACACGAGAAGGGUCCUGUCCCCCACCCACGAGUUCCAUCAGGACUCCAGCCACCUGUGGCUUCAAAAUCCCCCUCUUCACAUAGUUUCAAGUAUCACAGCACCUUCAGGAGUGGCACACAGAGACUGGAGCCGGGCUGGGUGGAGAGAGAGAGAGAGAGAGAGAGAGAGAGUGGGGGAGAGAGAUUCCUACUGCCGGGCUAUCGAUAGGGCCAUAUGGUGUAGCUCUCUGGUUUGGCUACAGCUGUGAGAGAGGCAUAUCGUGUGGCAAAACGUCCGUUAAACGCAUCGUUUCUCAGUGCAGUUUGUUGCGGAAGAGCUGUUGCGGGUGAGCACAUGGGCGUUGGUGAAUUUGGCAGGACUGCUCUGUGCGGUCUUGGCCUUUUCAUUUUCUUUCUUUUUUUAAAGUAACUCUUUUAGGUAAGCCUAAACAAAAGAACAUGUACAAAAUCAAGAUAAAAGAAACCUUUGUAUGAUAUUUUUGACAUUAUAUCUUCAGCACUUUAUAAAGCUUUCCUUUGUGACCAGUUACUCCAUAUAUUGACCUAUAGCUCUCCAUGGAUUCAGUAGUCAGUUAUGUAUGUUCAUUUAACAAAAAUUAUUUGUAAAUCUUUUUGAUUAUCAUAUGGAUAUCUCUACUCAUGUUUACUGUAUAUAUUUCUAUUUUCCUCUGCAUGUUCUCUGAGAUGUGGCUAUAUUUUUUUUUUAUAUUCAGUUGGUUUCAUUGUACCCUCCUCCUUCCUCAUUUCCACCCCUACUUCCUAAACCUCUCCCCCUGGUCGCCCUUUCAUGAUACAAAAGAUGGAGAAGCCAAGGGAGAGUACCGAGAUUGAGAAAAAGAAAACAGACCAGCGUUUAGGUCAUUCAUUUACGUUAGAAAUAUUCAGCGUUACUUUUGGUUUGACUCUACAGUCUGUCAAUGUCUGUGUUAACAUACAUGCAUAUCGGUAACCAUAUGUGUAAGAAUAUAUACAUAACAACGAAUGCGCGUGUUUUUUGAGGUAAAAUAGCCUAUGUUGUUAUUUGUACUGUUCAAGUACGGCUGUAUAUAGUUUGUUUUUGUGACGUCUCUGUGGUAGAUGUGAUGUUCUCAGCUUUUUGGGCGUGUGCGAUGGACGGGUAAAGUUGUGUCAUAAGAGGGGAGGUUCCAGGGCCUUCUGCCAGCAGUAGGACGCACACACACCACUGCUGUGUUAUGGAAAUGCAGCGACUAGUCCUGUUUUUUUUUUUUUUAGCUGUCUAUUUUUUGUCUGUGUCUUGCCAGAAAUGGAGGCUUAUCGAACAUUAUUUACAGUAACAGUACCAGUUAUAUUAAUAUUAACAGUAACCAUUUUGUACCAUAUGAUUAUCCUGGCCCUGUGCUGGCUCCCUCUUUGGUUGGCCUCGCAGAGAAGGCUGACAUUGGAAGCUGUCCGGGUUUAGUCCUCCUUGUGCUUCAAGCUUUUUAAAUCAGGACCACCCUUAUUAUGCUGCCUGAAGACUGCCAGUUUUAUGGCUGAAGAGGGCUGCUGUGUUUUACACCUGCCAGUUGGUUUUUAUGGG